UUGCAGGCAUGGGGACUCCUGCAGGCCUGCAGACUGACUGCGAGGCGCUGCUCAGCCGCUUCCAGGAGACCGAUAGCGUGCGCUUCGAGGACUUCACGGAGCUCUGGAGGAGCAUGAAGUUCGGGACCAUCUUCUGCAAGUAAAGUUGAUGCCUUAGGAAGAUGCAUCCUGUUUACCGAGUGCAUGCCUAUUCCUCAGUGUAAGAAGCACAGCAGAAAAUGGUAGAAUGAGAAAUUUAGAAAAGAACAUGUUUACAAAAGAAGCAUUAGCUUUGGCUUGGCAAUAUUUUUUACCGCCCUACACCUUCCAGAUCAGAGUUGGUGCUUUGUAUCUGCUAUAUGGAUUAUAUAACACCCAACUGUGUCAACCAAAACAAAAGAUUAGAGUUGCCCUGAAAGAUUGGGAUGAAGUCUUAAAAUUUCAGCAAGAUUUGAUAAAUGCACAACAUUUUGAUGCAGCUUAUAUCUUUAGGAAACUGCGACUAGACAAAGCAUUUCACUUUACAGCAAUGCCCAAAUUGCUAUCAUAUAGAAUGAAGAAGAAAAUUCAACGAGCUGAAGUUACAGAAGAAUUUAAGGACCCAAAUGAUCGUGUAAUGAAACUUAUCACUUCUGAUGUGUUAGAGGAAAUGCUGAAUGUUCAUGAUCAUUAUCAGAACAUGAAACAUAUAAUUUCAGGUGAUAAAUCCAAUCCAGACAAAGCCCUCAGCUUGAUAAAGGAUGAUUUUUUUGACAAUAUUAAGAACAUAGUUUUAGAGCAUCAGCAGUGGCACAAAGACAGAAAGAAUCCAUCCUUAAAAUCAAAAGUUAAAGAUGGAGAAGAAAACAGAGAAGGAAAUUCACAAGAAUCACAGAGAUGUGAAAGGGCAGAAUCCUUAGCGAGAAUAAAAUCAAAGGCCUUUUCAGUUGUUGUUCAGGCAUCCAAGUCAAGAAGGCACCGUCAAGUCAAACUUGACUCUUCUGACUCUGAUUCUGCAUCUGGUCAAGGACAGAUCAAAGCAACUAGGAAAAAAAGAAAUAAAGAAACAUUGAAAUCAGCAGGAAGGAAGAUGUCUUCCAAAAACAGAGAUGACAUGCAGAAUGUACAUAAAGAAGAUAAAUCUUUAAGGCUGAGUAUGCCUGUAAUUACAGAAGAAGAAGAGGACAAUGAAAGUUUUAGUGAAACAGAGUUCACGGCACCCAAGAGGAAAAGAAAAUCCAGAACAAAGAACCUGGUGUAGAGUUCUUAAUUUUGACCUUUCUGAAAGAAGAAAAGAUUAUAUUUUUUGUAUAUUGAACAGGAAGACUGUAUUAAAAAUAAUUCUUCUGGGAAACUGUAGGUUAUUUCUUUGAAAUGACAAUAUCUUAACAUAGUUCUAUACUAAAGGAACAAAAAAUUAGAAAUAAAAAUUUACUUCAGAAUUUAAUUUUACCAUUUCUGUUUAUGAAGUCUGCAUAAAUGGAAAUAAAGUUUGGAUUUAGAAUGUAAAAGAAAUAAUCCUGUUAUUUUCAGAUUAUUACUGUUUCUGAAAACUUUUUGUGAUGUUUUAUUACUACAGUUCUGAUAAUAUUAACUAUUUAAAAUACUUGUUCUUGAAAUAGUAAUGUUUAUUACAUGCAAGUGGUUAAUUAUAUUUAUAGUCUGGUAAUGGAUUUGUUUAUGAUGUGUAUUAACUAUUCUAUAUAUUGUAUGGUUGAGUGCAAUACAAUUUUUGCCUUAUUUGCUUUAUUUUUAAACCUAUGAAACUUCUGUGGUCCGUAACUUAAAUGAUUGAUAAUUUAGGAAGCUCAGUUUCUACUUCUGCAAUCAAUUAAAUAUUCUCCGGUGCUUGUUUCAAAGCUCCCUUUGGCCUAACAUUUAUGAAUGUAUGUAUGUUUGUUUGUGUAUAUAUAGAUACAUGUAGGCAUGUGUCCAUAUGUACAUAUAUGAUUAGUUCAGUACAUUAUUUAAAUACAUUUAAAUACUAAUUAUUUCUGACAAACCCUUUAAGAGUGGUAAUGUGAAUUCUAGAAUGUGUCGUACAUACAGAAAAAAAUGUCUAUAGCUUUGUGGAUGUGCCUUUGUUUAAUUUCUCAUUUAAGACCUUUAAAUGGAGAUCACUUAAGUUAUGUUGUUUGAAUUGCUGCCAUUAGCAGACCAUCUCCAGACCAUGUAGUUGGCUCCGCCUGUCUUACAGUUGAGUAUACUCCAUGUUGUCUUCUAGCACUGUAAAUUCAGGAAUUUUGCAAAUGUCCUGUGAGUGAAAAUGUGUGAUAUCUGUCAUCUUUUAAAAUCAAAAUACUAAUGCUAGCCCAAAUAAACUGUUAUAAGAA